AACUAUUCAAAACCCUCGCGACAAGAAAUUUAAGUAAAGAGUAAAAUAUAAGACGCGGAUUUCUCGUCAUUACCUCAUCACUCGCAAGAUGGGAUCGAAAUUGUUGGUAUACUUGCUGUUUUGUGCUUUCGUUUGUGUCUCCAAAGGCAAACCCCUAGGAGAUGAACUGCAAUCCGUUUCCCAAACCCUACACACAUAUCUGGAUUCUCUCCCCAAAGGCAUAUCAAUAGACGACUUUGCAACAUGUACGUCGUGUAAAAUCGUGGCUGAUUUGCUGAUAGCUGAGCGAAAACUGGGGAUGACUAAUGAACAACUGGUAAAGGAGGCCGAUUUCGUCUGCACUCUAUUGAAGAUAGAGAGUGCCACUAUAUGUGAGGGAAUCAUCAGACCCAACGUAGACGUGUUCGCUUAUAUGAUCGACAAUACCAAAGACAUAAGCGGUAAGAGGAUAUGCGGUCUUAUACUGCCAGAGAAAGACUGUGACAGCGAACAUUACGAUUGGAGCAUCGACGUCCCUGAAGGCAAUACGGUGGAUAAACCAAAGGCCACCGGUACCAAUCCUUACAACGUUCUACACAUCUCGGACAUCCACUACGAUCCGCGAUACACCCCUGGAAAAACCACUCAGUGCGGAGCACCCCUAUGCUGCCAGGACGACCAAGAUGACGGUUCAGAGGAAGGAACUUCUUGUGGGUACUGGGCUGAGUACAUCAGCGCAGACACACCCAUCCAGACAGUGGAGGAAGCGUUCAAACAAAUGGCCACGCAUGAAUUUGAUUUUGUAUAUUAUACUGGUGAUACUAUUAGGCACAGAGUAUGGUCGACAAGCACAGAAAACAAUACGAAAGAGAUCAUCACCAUCACGGAUUUGUUCAAGAAAUACUUCAAAGUCCCAGUCUUUACUGCUUUGGGAAAUCAUGAACCUCAUCCAGUCAACACUUGGUCUUCUGAAGGAGUAGACGAUCCUAGCGUCUCAACCCAGUGGUUAUUUAAUCUUAUAGCUGAGGAGUGGGGGGAGUGGCUGCCAGAGGAAGCCAAGGCGACCUUAUUAAAGGGCGGUUUCUAUACAGUAUCGCCCAAGAAAAGCCUUAGAAUCGUCGUCUUGAACAAUAACGUGUGUUACAAUGAAAAUUGGUGGUUGAUCAAUGACAGUAAAGACCCUUACGGACAACUAGCCUGGCUUGUUGAGGUGCUGUUGGAAGCUGAGAAAAUGAAGGAAAAUGUGCAUCUUCUGAUGCAUAUGCCAACGGGAACUGGAUCCUGCUUGGCGAGUUGGAGUAGGGAAUAUCGAAGAAUUCUUAGCAGAUUCGCCAACACGGUGGCUGGUCACUUUACGGGCCACUCUCACAAAGACGAAAUGUGGGUCUAUUACGACAGUACAGAUUCCUCCAAACCCAUUAGCGUGGGCUGGAACGGAGCUUCUUUGAACUCCGAUAAGUCCAACCCCAGUUACAAGCUUUACCAUAUUGAUGGAGAGACAUACGACGUCCUAGAUUUUGAGGAAUGGACGUUCAAUCUCACUCAGGCCAAUUUAGAUCCUACAAAGGAUGUGGAAUGGUACAAACUCUACUCUUUUAAGGAAGCUUAUGGCGUGGACAGCUUGGAGCCUAGCGCGGUGGACGACUUGCUCGUUAAGAUGACGAAGGAUCACAGUUUAAUCCAGAAAUAUUACAAUUACAAAUUCCGCAACAGCGAUUACGCGGUGAAGGAGGGCUGCGACGAGUCCUGCGAGAAGACCCUUUUGUGUAACAUGGUGUCCACUAUGAACGGCGACACUACUCGCUGCGAAGAGCUAAAACAACUCUACGACGGGAAUCAAUAAUCGCCGCGAUAAUUUACCGGCAAAGAAUUAGUAAAGUGUUGCCACUCUA